AUGGUCAUUGCAUCCUCAUAUAAUCUAUUCCUGAAUGUCAUACAAGAGGCUUUAGACCGCUUAUACAGAGAAGAUAAGGUGUUGCAUACUGUUGAUAUCGAUCAACGAGCUACAACUCUCUCCGACUUCAAUCAAUCAGAAAAUCAGACCAUGGCCCUACUUGUUACUGCCAAUGUUGGAGAACUAGGUCCUAUUGGGAGAGUUCGUAGGAUUCCGCAACGACGCAAGGUACAAACAUGGGAAAUCCUGGCUGAAACCUCAGCUAUUGAUGCGUUCAUGCUGGAGAAGGCUUUUAAGAAGAAGCAAGUUAUCACCAUGCUACGAAAGGAUUUGGUCCGUAAGGACACCCAGGUCAUUAUACAGGAGACACAGCCGGACGGUAGUGACUUGGAACAGUUCCUAUGGAAGGGGGGGAACAUAACACUUGAAAAUCAGAAAGCUACUAAAGCUUCUUCAAGGUCGUGGAUGAUGCAUUAG